UCCCUCGGCUUCCCGACCUGGUGGGGGCGCAGACGCGCGACUGAACCUCGGCCCGUGCUCUUCACCGACGGCGUUUCCUGGCCUCCCCGCGCCCCUGCAGGGCGUGGCGCGAGGGGACGCUGCACGCAGACCCGGUCACUUGCCAGGUGUCCGGCGCCGAGUCAGAAAUUGCCCCUCAGCAGCCCGCCUGGGGACGAGGCGACCCUCUAAUUUCUUUCUUCUGUUUGUUUGUUUCAGGCUCUGUAAACUCUUAGCAGUAAAUGAACAUGAGUAUUUUACCGAACUGCAGUUGAAAGAAGAAGCAUUAUAGGAGAGAGAGAGAGAGAGAGACAAAACGAGAGAAUUAUUAAAAAGAGAUUAUUAAAGACAUUAUUUUGUGGCUGAAAAGCUGAAACCAGCAAUUCAGGAAAUGGAAUCCAAAUCUAGAAACGUACCAUACACAAAAUCCAAAGUGGGUGGAUUACAAAUGAUUAAGGAAACCCAAUUCACAGUAUAUUGUGGCCUUAUGAUGGGAUACACAGUAGUUGUACGUUGGUUAUUAACACAUGCGAGUGACUGAGUAGGGGCUGAAUUCUUUUUUAUCAUUUGCUCUAGCGGUCUGUUUGGGCCCCCACUGUAGAACGGAGUUAUCAGAGCAUCUUCUGUCAUGAAUUUUCCGGUUUAGCUUGCAAUGGCUUAGAAUACAGCUGUGGUCUCCAGCUGUGCUGAGGGCCCCUCCUAGGUAAGGCUUCCUGCCCCGCACGGGCCUGAUUACCUGCACUUAACACCCCACACCCUCACUCGGGCGCACUGGCACUGGGACCCUUAAUUCUGUGUCCGUUGUAUCUGGCAACAUUGUGACACUGCCCCUCCCCGCAUCCCAGGGGACACGGAGUCUGCGCCACGGUUCCUGCCCAGAGCCGUAGGAGUGUUUUAUUGAGAGGCUAUUUGUACUGACAAGGUAGCUGGACGUUCAGCCUUGUCUUAGCUGUAAAAUAGGAGUUAUAAUACCUGCUGUUCAAUCAACUGUUUUCGUGAGGCUUAAGCGCUAUGUGUGACUAUACUUCACAAAUUAUUUGUAAAGAUCAUGCAAAUGCGAGGCAGCCCUGUUACGAUUUUACCGUGUCACCGUCAUCAAGAUUAAGAAGAUGACCACAAAAAUUAACCUUUGCCACUAACUUUUAGGCAAGCUUUUAGGCUAUCUGGUUACAAGAGAAUAGCCGACAGUCGGACUGCAAUUAGAUCUUCACUUUCACUUCGGGUUAGAGAGGACCCCCUCCCCCAACCCUAUGAGGAUGAACCUAGAGGAAGGGAGAAAGGUCGGUGGGAGGCUGGGCCUCUGGCCGGGUCAGGACCGCGCAGACGCUCCACCUCUGGCUGGAGGAAGUCACGAGCGCCAACUCUGGUCACCAGGGUAACGGGGCCAACUUCCGCCCACCCUUCUGCCCCUCACCCCGCGCGUUGCACCAUGGCAACCAAAACUUUGCGUCGCGGAAGCCGGUCAUUGCAGUUGGGAAGCCUCGGCGAAUGCCGCCCCCUGUCCCGAGGAGACUCCGAAAAUGUACAGCCAGCGGUUUGGCAUCGUACCGCGGGAGAUUAAGGGCCCUACUCCCAAAGUGGUCAUCUUGAGAGCCAAGCCUCCCAAAGAUCAGCGGAGAGACCGUCUGAAAGACAUUGUGAGGAGCCAGCAGAAGUACCAUGGUGUCUUGGCCGCUGUUAAGGAGAGGGAGCGGGAACGCUCUAAAGUCGAGUGGGAGCAGCACAUGGAUAAAAUAAGUGUGAAUCGGCUUGUGCGAUCAAGAGUCAAGGAUGCCAUGCAAGGCUUUAUCCUCAACACGGAAGAAAGGCGAAAUAAGCUACGCAAACUUUUAGCAGCAGAAGAAAAUGAAUAUUUUGAGGAAAUGCAAUUGAAAGAAGAUAAAAUUGAGGAGAGAAAGAAUAAAAUGAAAGAGAAAAUCAGCUUACUAAGAGCGGAGAAAGAAAAAGAGAGACAGAAUUUUGUGGCUGAAAAGCUAGACCAGCAAUUCAGGGACAACUCUGAGGCGCUCCGCAAUGCGGUGACGUUUACCCGUCAGCAGAAGGUGGCCGAGGAGCGGAAAGCCCAGGUCGCCUUCAACGAGGAGCUGAGAAGGCGGAAGCUGGAGGAGGAGCAGAUAUUCUCCAGGCUCUGGGAGGAAGACCGGCUCGCCAAGGAAAUGCGAAACAACGAGGAGAUGCUGCGACAGCGACAGCUGGUGGAGAACACCCGCCUGGGGCUGGAUGCCCAGGUGACGGGCAUGCGGGCGCAGAGGAUGGCGGCGCGGCGGCUGAAGGAGGAGGAGGCGCUCCUCGUGGAAAACGAGAUUGCUCAGGUCAAGCACGAGAACGAAGUGGAAAGGCUCGAGAAGCUGAAGGCAAAGCAGGACACCAGGGCCAGCCUGAACAAGGCCCUCCGAGAGAAGAUGGCGCGCGUGCAGCAGGAGUUCAGGGAGCAGCAGGACUUGGACUUGAAGCUCGUGCACAGCGCCCUCCAGGACAUAGAGGAGGAGACUCACCAAAAGAAGCAAAGAAAAGAAGAGCUGAAAAGAGAACAGAAGCUAUAUAAUCAGUAUCUGGCAGAACGGCGUGAGGAAGAAAGAGCUCAUGAGAAAGAACUGGACAGAAUAUUAGAAGAAGAGAAGAAAAAGAAGAUGGCUGAGCAGGAGUCGGAGCUGAGACUUGAGAAGGAAGCAAGGAAACAACUUAUAGACGAGGUCAUGUGUACAAGAAAACUUCAAGUUCAAGAGAAGUUGCAACGAAAAGCAAGAGAACAGGAAGAACUUGCUUUGGAGCAGGAACGCAUAAACGAAGGUCUUAAAGUACUCAACCGUGAAGAGAGGGAGACCUUUGCAAGACGUUGCCGUCUAAUGCAAGAGUAUAGGAAGCAACUGCAGAUGCAAAUAAGCUACCAGCAGCAAGCCCAGGAAGCCAAGAAGGAGGAGGAACGCAGGGAGUUUGAAGCAGGGUUGGCAGAACAGAAGAUCUUCACGGACAAGCUGACGGCGCUGCUGAGUAUGGAACAGUUGCCCAAAUCCGUUCAUCCCAUGAGGAGGGAGCACCUUAAGGACCACCCGUACUAGCUUUAUAAACAGCAGAGUGUUUCUGUUAUUUUUUUAAUAACGACUGCUUGUGUGUUUGCAUUUUUCUCUGCGCACGGGCUGGGGGCAAACCAUCGGUGCCCAGGGGCUAUCUCUGGCUCUGUGAUCAUGAGUGGCCCUGGCAGUGCUCAGGGGACCAUGCACAAUGCCAGGGAUCAAACCAGGGUCAGCGCAAGUGACUGCAUGCAAGGUGGGUACCUGAACCAUUUCUCCAGGUACCCAGGUACCUCUGCUUAAAUGUUCUUUUGUUUUAGGGUUUUUUGGGGUUUUUUUGGGCCACUUCUGGUGGUGCUCAGGGUUUAUUCCUGGAAUGUGUACUCAGGAGAGACCCCUGGUCGUGCUUGGAGGAACAAAUAUGGUGCCGAGGAUGCGAUCCAGGGUUGGGAGGAUGUAAGGCAAGAUUGCUUUACUUUCUCUCCAGACUUCCUUUUCAUUUACUUGCCCUCUUCUUUUUUAGGGCAGAGUCACGCUUUAUUCCCCCGAAGCCUUUCACCCACCACUCUGUCUUUCCCGUGAUAUUGAAUGCUCUCCAUUUGCAGCGUAACACUUGAAAGAGAUGUGAUUUGGGUAUGUUUGGUUUUUAACUGACUGAAACAAAACAGAUCGAAACCCUCAGCUCCUAGAAGAACCAUUUCGACCUGCUCCUUGGCUGGACCUGGGCCUCUCCCAGCCUUGCCUUCAGCAGCGGGGUCUCUGGAGACAUGCGUGUCAGCGAUGGUUUUGUCUUUGCGAGGAUGGCAGUGGGUCCCAGCCAGUGGGCCACAGCUGUAAGGGUGGUCUGAAAUGCCGCCUCGGUGUCCUUUACAAUGACUGCCUCGUGCCCGAGUAGUGUCUGGCCAGCACCAGUGCCCCUUCAUGAACUUGCCUGCUUUGACGGUAGCUGGUGGGUCCUACAGUUGGCAUGGUUUGUUUUGUUUUUUCUUUUUGAGGUGGGGAGGUGGGUUUGGGUCACACCCAGUGAUCCUCGGGGGUUACUCCUGACUCUGCACUCAGGAAUCACUCCCGGUCAAGGAUCAAACCCAGGUUGGCUGCCUGCAAGUACCCUAUCUUCUGUACUAUCUCUUCAGCCCUUCUUUAAAAAAAUGUAAGUAAGUAAAUAAA